AUGGCCGAUGCGCAAGCUCCCGUCGUCGACAAAGUCGACCAGCCUUCAGUCCCGGUUGUCUCGAGCACCAGCGACAAUGCGCCGCCCAAGGACCCCGUGGCGGACAGCUUGGGCGUGAAGCCCAGCGAAGAGAAGCCGGCUGAGCAGGCCCCAGCGGCCGUGGACCCCACUCCGUCCAAGCUCGAGGCUCCAGCUGCCGAGACUGCUCCCGUUCAGCCCACGGAGGCGCAGUCCAAACCCGCAGAGGAAAGUUCCGAGCCGGCCAAAUUGACGGAGCCCGCCGCGGAGGCCAAGCCCGUGGAGCCUGCCAGCGGCGCGGAGUCCAAGACAGUCCCGGAGUGGACGAGCGCGCUGCAGAGCGAGUCCAAGCCCCCGGCUCCUGAGCCCGCCGAGCAGGUGAAUGCCCCAGCGCCUGCCGAGCCCGCCAAGGACGAGCCCGUCAAGGACAGCAUCAUCCCGCCGGCGGCCGAGGAGAAGCCUGCCGAGACUAAGCCGGAGACGACCGCCACUCUGAAUGGAGGCUCCAAGGACGUCGAGAUGAAGGACGCCCCGGAACCGGCUGAGAACCUGAACGCUCCAGCGCCCGACACUGCCGAGAAACCAUCCAUUCCUGCGGCUACGGAGCCAGUCGCCGCCGACAAGCGCAAGGCUGAGACCAACGGCGACGAGCCUAAGGGCAAAAAGCAAAAGACCGGCAUUGCUGAUGCCGUCUCGUCGGUUGUCGAGUCAGCAAAGGAGACCGUUACCAAGGCCACUAACGGACCGUCUCGAAAGGACAGCAAGAAGGGUAAGAAGGAUCCGGCCCCCAUCGGCAAAACGCUUCGAAAGACUCGCAGCCAGGGCCCAGUUGAGACCUAA